UCUCUCUCUCUCUCUCUCUCAUAUAUAUGUUUGGAGCUCACUCACAUUAACAACAGUAGAGUGUCUGUAGACUAAGACGGGGGUAAAGAUGGAGCUCCAGAGCUUUUUUUCUAAACUAACACAGUUAAACUUGGAAGGAUUUCGCUUCUAUCAUUUCUUUACAGUCGUGUGCGUAGUCUACAUUUCGUCAUUACUGAUUAAAUGGUCUGUAAAGAGAAAACGGUGGAUGAGAGCUUUACAGCAGUUUCCUGGGCCUCCUGGUCACUGGCUUCUUGGACACGUUACACAGUUUAAGCAGGAUGGAACAGAUUUGCAGAAGAUACCUGACUGGGGAGAGGAAUAUCCCUUUGCAUUUCCGAUGCAGUUUAGCCCAGACCGUAUAUAUCUUUUUGUCCAUCACCCAUCUUAUGUCAAGCCCAUUCUUGCAACAACAGGACCAAAGGAUGACUUUGCGUAUAGAUUUCUUAUUCCGUGGAUAGGAGAAGGUUUACUUGUUACUGCUGGACAGAAAUGGUUUCGCCACAGACGACUGCUCACACCAGGCUUUCAUUAUGAUAUCCUAAAGCCUUAUGUGAACCUAAUGACAGAUUCAGCCAAUCUUAUGCUGGACAAGUGGGAAGUAUAUGCAAGAACAGGACAGACCUUUGAACUUUUUGAGCAUGUUAGUCUGAUGACACUGGACAGCAUAAUGAAGUGUGCAUUUAGCUGCCAAAGCAGCUGUCAGACAGAGAGGUCCAACCCAUACAUAAAAGCAGUGUAUGAACUCUGUGACCUGGUGAAUCUACGGUUUCGUGUCUUUCCAUAUCAAAAUGACAUCAUCUUUCACAUGAGUCCACAUGGCUACAGAUACAGAAAAGCAUGCAACAUUGCACAUGACCAUACAGAUGAAGUCAUAAGACAGAGAAGAGAAAUUUUAAAUAAUAAGAGGAAACAUGGAGAUUCUAUGGAGAAGAGAUAUUUAGACUUCCUGGAUAUUCUAUUGUGUGCUCGUGAUGAGCAGCAACAGGGUUUGUCUGUUGAAGCCAUUCGUGAAGAGGUGGACACUUUUAUGUUUGAGGGUCAUGAUACUACUGCCAGUGGUAUCUCCUGGAUCUUCUACAGCAUGGCCUGCAAUCCUGAACAUCAGCAGAAGUGCAGAGAGGAGAUCCAAGAAGUGCUGAUGGGAAAGGAUACUUUCGAGUGGGAGGACCUCAGUAAAAUACCUUACACCACAAUGUGCAUUAAGGAAUCCCUGCGUAUGUACCCUCCUGUUCCAGGAAUGGGACGGAAGUUGUCCCAGCCAAUUACCUUUUUUGAUGGAAGAACAGCUCCUGCUGGACUGCUUAUUGGAAUCAGCAUUUAUGGAAUUCAUCACAACCCUACAGUUUGGGAGAAUCCAAAGGUGUUUGACCCACUGAGAUUUCUGCCAGAGAACACUGCUAAGAGAUCACCCCAUGCCUUUGUGCCUUUCUCAGCUGGACCAAGGAACUGCAUUGGCCAGAACUUUGCUUUGAAUGAGAUGAAAGUGGUCGUGGCUCUGACACUGAGGAAGUAUGUUCUCAUUAAAGAUCCAGAUCAUACUCCAAAGAUGAUCCCUCGACUAGUGCUCAGAUCUCUCAAUGGCAUUCACCUCAAGAUCAAAUUAGUAGAAAAUGUUGUUGAUUUACAGUACUAAUAAUAUGAAUACUGUUUUAAUUGGCAUUCAUGAAUUUAUAAUUAUACAUCUAAAUCUUAUUCUUAAGACUAUGUUAAUGGAAAACGUUCUGGAAAUAACAAUAUUCAUAAAACUACUAAUCACUGCUUUUAAAUAAUUUGUCUAAUAAGGAAGAAAAAGUUAUUACAGAUUUUAACUCCAUUUUGAAAGCACUUGUAUUGUUAAGUUUAAAGUACUGUGAAAGUAUUGCUACAUUCCUUAAUUUGUGGUUUAUACAUGGAGUAAUUUGUAUUACAUUGCAGCCACAUUAUAUUGUAUCUUUUUCACCCAGAAUGAUCCAUUUAGCAAAAUAUAUGGUGUCAGUUAUUAGACAGCAGGGUAUCACUGUAACGUUUAAUACAUGGAUAUAAAUUGCGCAGCAUGGUUUAUGCUGCACAUCAGGAAAACCAGGAACACAAGAUAAAAAUAAUUAAGGUUUACUGACUGUUUUUUAGAUACAAAAGCAAAAAAAUACCAGAAAACAUUACGUAUGUAAAACAAACGAGAUCUCUGCAAGGUUUUUUGUAAAAAUGAUUUUGACGUUCAGUAGGAGGGGACAUUAUUGUAAAGCUCUUUAAGAACCAUUAUGUCUCAUACGGGCCUUCUGCCAUCUAGCGUCUAACAUUUGUUUGAAAAAUCACUUCCUAGGUCAUGCGUUAAAUAAACAUUUCAUAUCUCA